CUUUUCCUUCCUCUACCGAAUCCGCACUGCUGCAUUCGCCAACACUGACUUGACUGACACACUUGGAGGGAUUUCAGAGGGGGUCAUCUUCUCACGCAUCUGCCACUAACACCCCUCGAAGAGAAGGCGGGCACGACGGGAUGCAUGGGUGGGAGACGUGAUGGCAGCAUGUGCCCACGCCGCCGCACGCAAUCAACCAACACAUUUUGCACAUCGAUACUCCUCCGCUCCCACCUCCGCCCCCGUCUCCGCCCUGGCGAGGAACUAUCCCGAGUGACUGACUGAGUAACUGACAAGCAGGGCCCCAUACACUACUUUACUCCAGCCUCCCCACUUCCGAUGAACGAUGGGGAGUCCUUUUGGUUUCUGCACCUUUUGUCUUUCCCUGUGACUACACCCCGCUUCAUUGCAUGGUCAAAAAUCUCUGUCUAUCUCUGUUCAAGUGAAGAGUUCAUUCUUACACACGCUGUUUUUAAUAUCAAGUGAGCUGGCCGAGAUCACUUCUGGCACCGGAGAGAUAGCCUACUUACGUACGCCAGCCCUACUGCUUCACUCUCCAUGGCUUUGGACCUAUAGACAUGACCUCACCUAGCCGCCAUGUCCGAACAGAAGCAGAACCAUGAUAACCUAUUCGUUCCUCGAAACACAAAGGCAAAGUUGAGGUCUGAUGGAGAAUCAGAACACACUGAUGAGUCCAGUCAGAGGUUAUCAAUAGACAGCAAGAUGUCCUGGCCACACGACCAUGGGAAGGGACUCUCAGCCCUACCAGAUCCAGACUCGUUCCGCAGAUUCUCUACGAGCCCGUUCCAGAAUGGGAGGACGUCACCGUUACCAGGGGCAGAGUACCCUCCAACAGUGUUACAGAGUUCUCAAAAGAAUACGAAACUGGCGGCGUUCUGGCAGACCAACAAAGGCGUCGUCUUGGUGGCAUUAUCACAACUAUUCGGUGCUCUGAUGAAUCUCACAGCAAGGCUCCUCGAGCUCGAAGGCGAAGGAAUGCACCCACUCCAGGUGCUCUUCGCCCGGCAAAGCGUCACGAUGGUCUGUUGCUGCCUCUACAUGUACUACAUGAAGACGCCCGACUUCCCCUUUGGAAAGAAGGAAAUCAGAUGGCUUCUCGUUGCCAGAGGCGUGACGGGCUUCUUCGGCAUCUUUGGCAUGUGGUACUCGAUGAUGUAUCUCCCCCUCGCCGAGGCCACCGUCAUAACCUUCCUGGCCCCCAGCGUCGCCGGCUACGUGUGCUAUCUCGCCCUCCGCGAACCGUUUACCAGAAACGAGCAGAUCGGCACCGUCAUCGCCUUCUUCGGCGUCGUCCUCAUCGCCCACCCGGCCUCGCUCUUCUCCGGGGACUCGACGUCCACGGCCGCCGCCACCGCGCCGGAAACCCCGGGCCUGAACAAUGGGACAUUGACUUCGACGCUGCCGGGACUGAACCACCAGGCUACGACGGCGGAGCGGCUAAUGGCCAUUGGGGUUGCAAUAGUGGGUGUGUUCGGCGCCGCCGGAGCAUUCACGACGAUCCGGUGGAUCGGGAAGAGGGCGCACCCGCUGAUCUCGGUGAACUACUUUGCGACGUGGUGCACCAUCGUCUGCACCGUCGUGCUCACCACCGCGCCCAUGCUCGAGAUCGGGCAACCCGCCCUGCGAUGGGGCCUACCACAGACGGGACGGCAGUGGCUCUUCCUCGUUCUACUGGGAGUUUUCGGGUUCGUGAUGCAGUUCCUCCUCACGGCGGGGCUUGGCACGGAUCGGUCGAAUAGGGCGAACGCCAUGGUUUACACGCAUAUGCUCUUCGCGGCAGGGUUCGACCGGUUCAUCUUUGGCAACGUCAUGGGGUGGAUGAGCCUUGCGGGCUGCGGGCUGAUCAUCGGAAGUGCGCUGUGGGUGGUGCUGACGAAGAGAGCGCCAGCGCCCAAGAGGGAGGCGGAUGCGGAGGUCGCCAAUGUGCGGGAUACGGAGGCUGUGCCGAUGUUGGCUGAUAUGGAUGGUGGAAGGGACGAAGAUUUCGAGCUUCAGAGAGUGAGGUGAUGACGUAUGACGGCUUACGAUGUAUGAUGUUUGGAUAUAAGCCAACAAGAUGAAGAAAAGGGACUCGAGAAUUAGAUAUAUUGGCCAGGCUCGUGGCCUGCGACAUUUGAUAGACGCCCACAAAAAUGCGUCUUGGGUAAAUUGUACCGAUAUCCUUUUUGGAGUAAGGUAUUAGACCUUUAUACUUGUCCGAAUAUGAGUCCUCAACAUGCAGUGUAUACUGAUUGCCCAUAUUGGCAUAGAGAUUCGAGUUCCCCCGACAAUAGAAUGAAUGAUGGAGCAGGAGACUUCAAGCUAUGAGGCAGCGAAGCUCUGGACCCGGAGAGAGAACACAGGUACUGACUCAGCCCAAGUUGGACAACGAUCUGCUCAACCCUAUCACAC